UUAAUUAUGAAGUAGAAAUACGUUCCAAACAUUUCUAGUUUUUAAAACUGCAAAUGAUAUGAACCAUAUACCUAAUAUAUAAUAAUUUCUACAUAAAAAAGGGCUGCAUACAUUCAUUAUGCAUACCCCUAUUAAUAUCGACUUCUGCCACCCCCUUUUCUCAAAUAAUAAAAGAAUAAGAAAUAAAAACAAAAAAAAAUAAAAAUUUAACCCUUCCCGGAGCGCUGCUACGGCGCACCGCAACCCCUGGACGAAAUUACACUCGUCCAGAGAAAUAUACCUUGGCCCUAACGAUAGCGUGACCCUCCACUGCUCCAUUUGGUCCGCUAUAAAUAUGAAAAUGAUGUAGCCCUGAUCAAAUACUCGAACAAACACUUGAGGAGCAUAUAGUCGUCCUUGUCCCACUCGUCGUCAAUAAAUACGAGCCAGAGCGAGACGAAAUAUAGUGGAAUAUGCAAAAGACGAUCGGUGCUAGAGUGCCGUUUGGACGUGACGUGUGUGCAUUGUAGUAGUAGCAGCAGGGAAAUUUAUGCAGGAGGGAAAUCGCGGUCCGUCAUAAGAAAAACACUGACGUUCGAUUGUUGUUUUCCCCGUAAUAAAAAUGGCGACUGGUUUAUGAGGCGAAUCGUCGUGGAUUUGUGCGAGUUUUCGUGUGGAAAUACGUGCGAAAAGGCGGGAAAAUGCCUCGUGUAAAAGCCUCCCCGAAAAAGUGCAUCAAGAGCAAUUUACAACAGCCUGCCAACUCCUGGGUGUUUAUGUUAAAAGGUGAAGCUCUGGAGCUCUCCGAACAAUACACAGGUACAGGCACACCGGACAUCGUAACCCUAAGACACCCCAACACUGGAGAGUCUGCAAUAUUCCUAUUUUCCCCGGCAAAUAACUCAGUUCAAGAAGUUUUAACUCUCAGCGAGUCCAAGAGGUCCUGGUUCAUAGAUGAAUCUGUAAAAAGUGACGGAAAAAUGCACUUGUCCACACCCAUUGAUCCAAUUUUUUUAGUGUUGCCUUAUUUAAAAAAAUUCUGUUCAACUCAGGCCCAACCGUUAGAUCAACUUCUAAGGGAUACAGAUUUUCCAGAAACAGAAAGGUUGCUCAAGUCUAGCGGAUUGUCGUAUUUAACCAUGAUAGCUGAUAGAAAAGGGGACGAAGAACUGAAUGCCUUUAAAUACAAUGAAGAAAAAACCCUAAAUUGGCUUAAAAAGAAGACGGAAAGGGUGGCGGACAUCCUAAAACAAAAAAACAUCCACGUCUCGGGUUCCGGUGCGAUUUCAAGCAACUUCGUCAAAUCGACAAAAGCGGAACCGGCCGAUAACGACGCGUAUUUACGGUACGCCCACGGAAUCGUAUCCGAAUACCUUAUGGACGAUUUAAGUGUAAAAUUACUGAAAUUCCUAAACAUUCCCGAAGAGGCGCCGGUACAGUCCUUGAAGAGGAAAAGUCUGGCCAUCACCACCCCCGUGCAAGAGAGUAAAAAAUUAAAAGUCGAAGAUGAAAAUAAAAGUUCGUCGAGUAACGUGUUAGAUUUAAGUAAACCUGAAGUGAAGCCUAAAACGCCCUCCAUGUCCGCCAAAGAUAAAGCGAGGGCGAAGGCGGCUAGCGGAAGUAAAAGUAUCAGUUCCUUUUUUAAGAAGUGUUAGUCUGUUUUUUUUUUGUUAGAGAAGUAUUAUUAUAUAUUGUGUCAAUUUUAUAUGCUUCACAGACUUGUUUCGUUAAACAAUUAAUUUGUACUACUACAUUCUUGUUUAACUUGGGGUUAGUUUGUUUUAAGAGCAAUACUUAAUAUCAGUGUAGGACUGUUGUCAAAUAAAAGAAACAGGAGUGAAAGA